AUGAUUAACAUAUAACCAAGAACAAGACAAGAAAGAGUAUACAAAUUAUAAUAGAUAAUUAGGAAGCUUUACGAGAUAAAGAUAGAAUAGAAAAGAGUAGGAUUGAUCUUAGAGGUUAUUUAAAUAUAUAUAACAAAAAAUAGUUGGAUUUGAAGCUAGAGGAUUAGGAGUUGGAACAUUGAUACAUUAAGCACCUCCUUAAUCUACGUUGUAUGUUCCUGGUAUUAAUAGAUUAAUUCUAGAAAAUGAAAGAUUUGAUAAGGAUUUUGCAGUAGCAGACAAAAAGUAAAGAGAACAUGAAGUUUGGUAAAGAGAAAAAAUCAUUGAGAGAAAGAGAAUAGAGGGAUUAGAUAGAGAAACUAGAAAAUGGGAUUAUUAAGAAAAAAUAGAAACUAAAGAUUAAGUAUAAUUAAUGAGUCAUACAUAAUAAUUAACAUAAGGUAAAAGAAAUUCAAAUGGGUAGCACAUAAAAUUUAUUUAUUAGACUUGCUUAUAAUCCAAUUACUUUAAAAUAUGAUAACAGUGAAUAAGGCAAUUUAUUGAGAUAAUAUGAUGACAAGGCUAAAGUUCGAUAAUUUGUUAGAGCACAUAAUUUAGAUACUAGAGGCAAUACUGGCUUUAAUAUAUUAACUGGUGAAUAAAGAGGUGGAGUAGAACAUAUUGUACCUAAUCAUUUGCGAACUAAUUAUUAACAAAGAUUAAGGGAAGUAGAUGAAUAGUAGAAUAUUAAACACUAUGCUAUUUAAUAAUAGUUAUUGAAUUAAUAUGAAUGAUUAUUAACAAAUAAAUAUUUAACUAAUAAUUUCCAAG